AUGAGCGGCCUUCGCUUCCUUGACCUGAUCAAGCCCUUCACGCCCCUCCUCCCGGAGGUGGCAGCUCCUGAGACCAAGGUGCCAUUCAACCAGAAGUUGAUGUGGACGGGUUUGACUCUUCUCAUCUUCUUGGUCAUGAGCCAACUUCCCCUGUACGGUAUCGUGUCCUCCGACACCUCAGACCCCCUGUACUGGCUUCGCAUGAUGCUGGCCAGUAACCGUGGUACAUUGAUGGAAUUGGGUAUCACUCCUAUCAUCUCUUCCGGCAUGGUGUUCCAGCUUCUUGCCGGUACCCACCUCAUCGAUGUCAACCUUGACCUGAAGACCGAUCGUGAGCUCUACCAGACUGCUCAGAAGCUCUUCGCCAUCAUCAUCUCCUUCGGCCAGGCCUGUGUUUAUGUCCUGACUGGUCUCUACGGCCAACCCAGCGACCUUGGUGCCGGUAUCUGUGUUCUUCUGAUUGUCCAGCUGGUUGUUGCUGGUCUGGUCGUCAUUCUCCUCGAUGAGCUGCUGCAGAAGGGCUACGGUCUUGGCAGCGGUAUCUCCCUCUUUAUCGCGACCAACAUUUGCGAGUCCAUUGUCUGGAAGGCUUUCUCUCCCACCACUAUUAACACAGGUCGUGGCCCUGAGUUCGAGGGUGCCAUCAUUGCCCUCUUCCACCUGCUCCUGACCUGGGACAACAAGCAGCGUGCCCUGUACGAGGCUUUCUACCGCCAGAACCUCCCCAACGUUAUGAACCUUCUGGCCACCCUCGUCGUCUUCGCCGCUGUUAUCUACCUCCAGGGAUUCCGUGUUGAGAUUCCCGUUAAAUCCUCCCGCCAGCGUGGUAUGCGCGGCUCCUACCCCGUCCGUCUCUUCUACACUUCCAACAUGCCUAUCAUGCUCCAGUCCGCGCUGUGCUCCAACAUCUUUUUGAUCAGCCAGAUGCUGUACUCUCGCUUCUCCGACAACAUUCUGGUUCAACUUCUCGGCGUUUGGGAGCCCCGCGAGGGAUCUGCCCAGCUCUACGCUGCCUCUGGCAUCGCUUACUACAUGUCUCCCCCUCUGAACUUCAAGGAGGCUCUCCUUGACCCCAUCCACACUGCUGUGUACAUUGUCUUCAUGCUUGUUGCCUGCGCGCUGUUCUCCAAGACCUGGAUUGAGGUUUCUGGCUCCGCUCCCCGUGACGUUGCCAAGCAGCUCAAGGACCAGGGUCUUGUCAUGUCCGGCCACCGUGAGCAGAGCAUGUACAAGGAACUCAAGCGUGUGAUUCCCACCGCCGCCGCUUUCGGUGGUGCUUGCAUUGGUGCCCUUUCCGUUGCUUCUGACCUUCUGGGUGCCCUGGGCAGCGGAACCGGUAUCCUUCUUGCUGUGACUAUCAUCUAUGGUUAUUUCGAAAUUGCUGCCCGCGAGGGUGACAUUGGCGGCGGCCUGAAGGGUCUCGUCCCCGGCAACUAA